AUGCUGCGGUUCUCAUGUUCGCAGCUUGUCGUUGACCGGAUCGAUCCGCUCGUCAACCCUGGUGUCGCACCUUCGCCGCAUCUUCAUCAGCUCGUGGGAGGAAACGCAUUGAAUACCACCAUGGAUCCAAACGACGAUCUACCGAGUAUUGCGACCUGCACCACGUGUCAAUUCACCGAAGACUUCUCGAAUUAUUGGACUGCCGUCCUGUUCUUCAAAGCGCGCAAUGGCUCCCUCCAUCGCGUGCCGACCUUCGCGAACCAGUACCUGGAGCCGGCAAACGGCGGCAUCACCGUUUACUAUAUUCCCCCAUAUGAUGGCAAGACGAUGGUUACCGCUUUCCAGAAAGGAUUCCGCAUGAUCGUUGGGGAUCCAAUAAGGCGCUCCUACGUUGGAGAUAACGAUGCCCGCGGGCUGAGUUUCCGUUGCUGGGGUGAGAACUUCUCGGGAGAUAUCGGCGCGCCCGGUAUGGGCACGGAUACGCGGACGCUUCCCCCCAAGCCCUGCCCGGGCGGCAUUCGAGCCAACCACUUCUUCCCCACUUGCUGGGACGGGAAGAAUCUCGACUCUCCCGACCACAAAUCUCAUGUCGCGUAUCCUGCCAACGGCUCCUUCGAGAUGGGUGCCGCGUGCCCGGAAUCCCAUCCCGUCAAGAUUCCUCAGAUCUUGUACGAGGUCGCGUGGGAUACUCGCCAGUUUAAUGACCCGAAUGAGUGGCCGGAGGAUGGUUCACAGCCAUUCGUGUUUUCGAUGGGUGACGCGACAGGCUACGGUACGCAUGCGGACUACGUCUUCGGCUGGAAAGGUGACGCGCUUCAGAGGGCCAUGGAUGCGAAUUGCCAGGUGAAUUGCCCAACGCUCAAGAUGCAGUCGACGCAGACCGCGAACAAAUGUCAAGUAGAGCGGAAAGUGAAUGAAGAAAUCGACGGGUGGCUGGACGAGCUUCCUGGAGGGAUGCCUGUAACUUAUUCCUGA